CCUCACUUCAUCUCCAACAUAACCUCUACCCUCGCAAGCUGUUUAUCUAGUGGAUGAUGGGCAAGCCACUGUGGAUGCUGGUGUUAGUGGGUACAUGGAGUAUGUUUGUGGUGGUGGCGGCAGAGGACACCAUUGUUAAUUCGUACCUGACAGAGCCUUUGUGGCUAGGGCUUGGCUUCCAAAAUCGUAAUUGCCGUGAACUGCAAGAUCACGGCCACAAGACCAGUAGUGUUUACACCAUCUAUCCGUACGACUGCUGCCCAAAACGUCCUGUUCGUGUCUAUUGUGAUAUGGACUCUAAUGGAGGAGGAUGGACUGUAAUUCAGCGUCGAGAAGAUAUACUCCCGCGGGAAGAAUUCUACCGCACAUGGAUGGAAUACGCCUUGGGCUUUGGUAAUCUCUCUGGCGAGUUUUGGCUUGGACUCGACCACAUUCACGCCCUCACUGAGCAGACACUCAACCAAAUACACUUUGACCUGGCAGACUUUGACAAUGCCAUCCGAUGGGCACAGUACCAAUUCUUUUAUGUCCAUGACAGGAGUGCCUCUUAUAAAGUUGAGGUUAAUGGGUAUACUGGAGAUGCUGGUGAUGGCUUCAGCUUUGUCAAUGGCCAGAGAUUCACUACCAAGGAUAAGGAUCUUGACACUUUUGGAGGAAACUGUGCUGUAAGUCACUUGGGCGCUUGGUGGUACACGAGCUGUCAUUCGUCAAACCUAAAUGGCAAAUAUCACAAAGGUAACCACACCUGUUAUGCCGACGGUGUCAACUGGUAUCCUUUUCGAGGUCAUCACUACUCCCUCAAGAGAACCGAGAUGAAGAUCAGACCAGCAUACUAAGGUCUUGUAAAGCAUUAUAAAAAUUGAAAGUGAUUACAGAAAAUUACUACUUAUACAAUGUGAAACACAAAAUAACCUGAUGUAUUACAAAUAUUCUUACACUAGUACAUCUAGUGAAUGAUCUCUGGGAGAUACAUCCAUAUAUUAUGGUUAUAAAAGAAACGGUUUUUUAUGCAGGACUGUAGUAUUAUACUGUUAAAUUAUUAGUUUACAGAUUUUUAAUAUUGUAGUCAGCACGUAAGAAAGUACAUCUGGUGAAAUUUUGAAAAUAAAAUUCAUAUUUUGAUAAAUCA